AUGUCAGAGCUUCGAAAAAGGGCGGAUGAUCUAGCCAGGAGGUCAUUGGGUCUAGAUGAAGAGCCCGACAAGCCGACCCCAGCUAUAUGGCUCGCAGCUAUCGAGAAACACCUACAACGUUUUCCUGGAGACGAUCACUUCAUCGCAGAGCUCUCGGAGGGUAGGACGACGGGUGGCAAUGGUUUUGGGACUAUCACCUGUGAGCGGUUGUUUGCGGUCUCCGUGUCAGACGAGCUAAUAGAUGUGAUCCUUGAUGCGGAUCCGGAGAAACCAGACGGAGGAAAGAAGGACGGCUUGGGAUCCUUAUUCAAUUUUCAGCAUCAUUGUAGGAACCCUAAACAUAUCAAAGGUCGUAAUGCACGUCUACAGAACGCUGGGAGACCUAUACCACCCGAUAUACCAUUCCCAGACUUCACGGAAACGCCCAGCGUCGGUGUAGGCUCCACCUCGCACGGACCCUCUACCUCCAUUUCUGCGAGAUCUGCCAAUACUCAUGGCGUUGGGGCAUCCACGUCAGCCGUCCCCGCCAGCGCUAUCCCCACGGGAGAUAGAAAAGAUGACUGGACUGCUGUACCCGCACAGACCCUCUCAAAGUAUAAAAGUCUUCCACCUGCUGGAUCAUUUCCCUCUUCUUCUCAUCAAUCUCGAACUGUUGUCCCUUCCACCUCCAGUUCCACCAGCCGUAAUCAGUUGCCCGUCAAGGACUACUCCUUCACUGCCUAUCGCGGCAAGGAGAACGACGAUCGACACCGAGCUUCAUCUCCCUUGGUGACAUUCCGACCGACAGAGGAAAGACAGACUCUCAUGCCGUCUCCUCCCCGAGCUCUCACCUCUCUCGAGCCGCACUCCUCUCUACCGGUGCCCGAGGUGUCUUUCGGUCCUGCUCCCCUCAAUUUCGAUGCCCAAUGGAGUGAGAAUGAUCGUGACCUGCUCAAUGCCGAAUACGAUCUCCUGUAUAACCGAAGUCAGAUCUAUCCUUACAAUCAUCCCACCAAUCGAAGGAUACUUCACUCCCGUGUGUCAUACCUCCAGGGAAUAGCUCGCAGGGGUCCGCCUUACGUCCCCCCGGAUAGUACGGUGCGAUCGCUCAUUCCGGAAGUCAAGACAUAUGAAGACGCCCACUUGUUUCACCGGCGUCUUGAUUCUACCCAUAACUCUUCAAGUUCGUCAAGGGAUACCUUGGUACCAUCGGGCCCUGUCGACAUAUCCAGCACGUACGAUCCCGCGCGUAUGAUGGACAUGCUCCUUACUCGCGCAGGUCUGGACCAAGGCAUGGAAUAUGAGAGACCGACUUAUUACCGCAAAGACGAACUGGAAGAAUUUUUCUCCAAUGCGCUCGACAACUUCGCCGAAGAUUCUGAUGUCGACGCUGCACUUCAGGCGCUUAACAUGUCCCGCCUUGACGACCAUUUCGGGGGCCUGACUAUAACCUUGAUGCCUCAUCAAGUGCUCGGAGUCAAGUUCAUGCUAGAGAAAGAGAAGGACGAUAAAUUCAAAGGCGGACUGCUAUGUGAUGCUAUGGGUCUCGGAAAGACCGUGCAAACUAUUGCGUGCAUGACCGGUAACUCGUCUCCAGAUCCUCAGGUUAAAACGACUCUCAUUGUCGCCCCAUUGGGGCUCCUCAAACAAUGGGAGGCGGAGAUCGAGAGCAAGACCCAAACUGGACACUUGUCGAUUUACAUUCACCAUGGGUCCGGUCGUUUGUCCAAAGCAAAGGAGCUCAAGAAAUUCGAUGUUGUCCUUACCACUUAUGGUACCAUGGCGUCUGAGGCAGGUCUGGAGGUGAAGAAGAAGAAAAAGAAGGUGCAGAAAAUUGGGGACGACGAUGACGCUGCGUCUAGCGAGGUUGAGCAGGUGGCUCGCAAAACAGGUCCGCUUUUCAGAAUGCGGUUCUAUCGCGUUGUCCUUGACGAAUCGCACACAAUCCGGAACAAGAAGACCCGAGCAGCUGAAGCUGCUUUCAUGCUCGAUGCAGUUCAUCGCUGGUCUCUCACCGGGACACUCGUGGUCAACACUCUGGACGAUGUGCAUUCUCACUUGCGCUUUCUGUCAAUAUCCCCAUCUCGAGACUGGGACCAUUUCCGGGCUCAUAUUUCCAAAGUUCAAAGGAGCCGUCCGAAUCUCGCCGCCCAGAGGGUUCAGGCUAUCCUCCGGACCUGCAUGCUUCGCAGGAACAAAGAGACGAAGCUGAAUGGGAAGCCAUUGCUUGUCUUGCCGCCUAAGAGUGUCGAGAUUGUUCAACUUGACUUCACGGAAGAAGAACGUGAGAUGUAUCUCGCAAUAGAGCAUCGAAUGCAGCUCAAGUUCAAUUCGUUCCUCCGAAAAGGAACCGUGAUGAAACACAUGGCAUGCGUCUUGACGAUGCUUCUCCGGUUACGCCAACUCACCUGUCACCCAUAUCUCCUCCGAAGAAACCCUGGCGAUGCUGCGAGUCACCCGGAAGAUUUUGUGAUCAGCGAUGAUCAACUCAUGGGUAUGGAGAAUGUCGCAUCGUCUACAAGCAACGAAGAAGAGCAGACGAGAGCAAACAAACUGUUGGGUUCACAGGGGCUAGCUUUCGUCGAAAAAGCUAAGCGUAUCAUGAAGGAACGUGAAGAUCGACUCGCUACCGCCCCUAUCCCAUCCAAAUCUGCCAAACAAGAAAAGAGAGAAGUGGAAGAGGUCGAAGAGCACGAAUGUCCGAUAUGCUUCGAUAAUCUGGUUGAUGAAGUCAUCACUCCUUGCUUCCACCUCUUUUGUCGAACGUGUAUCGAGGAAAUCUGCAACACUGCACCCCGUGGAACGAUCCUCUCAGACCAUGACAUCGAACGCGGCGUUCGUCCAUGCCCACUCUGCAGGGAACCGAUUGAGAAAGCCAAGCUAUUCAGAGCUUCAGCAUUUGUGGAACCGCCAGAGGAAGAUUCCCCGGAGCCGCCGGAAGAUGUGUCUUCCGAUCUGGAUGUGAAGGAGGAGAAACCCGAUGUUGAGAUACUCCGUAAUGGAAAACGGGUCAGAAAAUCCGACCACACCGAGGGCGGCCCUAGUAAGAAGAUAAAAGUCGACGUCAAGGGCAAAGCGAAGGCCGAGCCGCCGACUGUAAAUCUCGACGAUCUCGAAACAGUCAUACCGAGUACCAAGAUGAAGUACCUCGGGGAAUUACUCAACCAAUUUCUCUCGGAAGACGGUAUCAAAGUCGUUGUCUUUAGCCAGUUCACCAGCUAUCUCGACCUCUGCGGGGCUUAUCUUCGUACUCAGAAUAUCAAACAUCUCCAGUAUCAAGGCUCGAUGAAUGCCAACGAGCGUAACGAUGCUAUCAAGCAAUUUACGUCUGCCGACGAAGACUCGCCGCGGGUGAUCCUGAUAUCGCUGAAGUGCGGAGGUGUUGGUCUCAAUCUCACCGCAGCUUGCAAGGGAAUCUCCCUCGAUCUUGCCUGGAACGCGGCAACGGAGAUGCAAGCUUUCGAUCGUCUUCACCGAAUAGGCCAAACACGUCCGGUCGAUGUCAAACGUCUAGUCAUUGCUGAUACCGUCGAGCAGAGGAUUAUGAAGCUCCAAGAGGAAAAGUCUGCGCUGGCGGAUGGAGCUAUGGGUGAAGGAAAGGGUGCCAAGCUUGGCAGGUUGUCGGUGGGGGAUCUUUGCAGGCUCUUUGGCGUUGCGAGGUGA